AUGACAGACACAGACCCCCUCAAGACCUUCGAUUCCGCUUCCCCCUCCGCUCCCCCACAAAUCUCCGAAAAGUCCUAUCCCAUCGCUGGCAUCCUCACCACCGUCUUCGGUCUCGAUGAACUCCCUCCUCAGACGACCGAUGUAGCCUGUCUCUGGCUUCUGCACCCUAGACUGGCCACCAAGGACCGCAUGACUGGUAUUGCGCAGUCAGCCAUCGCAGACUGGAAUUGCAAGAUUGCAGGCUCACAGCAACCCGCUAAGGGACUAAUUGCCGUCUCUUUUGACCAGAGGAAUCAUGGGAUGAGAUUAGUGGAUACGCAGGGCAAUGAGUCGUGGAAGAAGGGCAAUCCUCGUCAUGCGCAGGACAUGUUCUCCGUUUUCCAAGGUACGGCGCGUGAUACCUCGGUGCUAAUGGACUACCUCCCGUCAUUUGUCUUCCCUAAAUCCGACCGCAAAAUCGUCGAGAACCUGGUGCUAGGUGUUUCCCUCGGAGGCCACGCGACAUGGAGCUGCCUACUACACGAACCCCGAGUCAGCGCUGGUGUCGUGGUUAUUGGCUGCCCCGACUACGUCAACCUCAUGGCAGACCGUGCGCGACUAUCCAAGCUACCGGAAUGGACCAGCACUGACCCUGCGGGCUCCCAAUUCCUGGGAUCGGAGGCAUUCCCUACGUCCCUCUUAGACACCGUCUCCAAGUACGACCCGGCGAGUCUGUUCCUCAGCCACACCGGCGUCAAGUCCACGGCCCCCGGUCCCCGGCGUGAGGGUCCCCUCCCGGAACCAACCGAAUCGGAGAAAGAAGCCUUGCGUCCGCUGUUGACCCGUACCAUCGCUGGCAAGAAGAUUCUCAACUUGUCCGGAGGGGUGGAUAAGCUGGUGCCAUACCACCGUGGUGAGCUUUUCCUUACCUGGUUGAAGAAGGCUAUUGGUCCCGAUGGUUGGUUCGCGGAUGGCGCAGUCUCCUUGGAGGACGUUAUCGAUGAGAACGCCGGGCACGAAGUCACCCCGAAGAUGGUUGUCGAGGCUGUUCGUUUUAUAAGCGAGACUCUGGCGGCCAGCAAUGACGGCUCGAAGGGCUCUGGUUCGGUACGGGAGUCUAAGAUCUAA